UCCACGGCCAUUAGGGACACGCUUUUUGGCGUGUCACCCCUCACUCUCGCAUAGAGAGCGCAGAAUACCAGCCACCGCUUCAACAUAAAAUCCACGGCUUAUUUUCGGCAGAGCCCACGCCCGUUCCCUAAUGAGGGACGGAUAUCUACACUACGGUGGAGUUGCUGUGUUUCUUUGUUGGCGUGUGCAGAGAAUUCCCGGAGUUCUGCAAAUAGGGGAAAGCUUAACUACGUGAAUCACUUGGUACUAUGCGAAGUAUAGCACAAGCUCCUUCAGUUUUUCUUCUGAGGGCACUGCCUGUAGGAUGCGCUGCCGUAUGUUACGGUCAAAAAAGAGUGUUUUCUGAUUGUUUACAUGGUGGAAAAACGUCAUUCCAUGAAAGAGUGACAGUUUCAUUGAAGAAAAGUUAACGGGCGCAGUGGCGUUUUUCCUCCAGUGCAUCCAAAAGAAGUCCCCCCAUUCCCCGCGAUGCAUACAGAGGAAGACUAUGGAUGAAGUCGGCAAAGAACAGCGGACGACCAACGACGUAGUUUUCGCGUCCCGUUUAUCUUGUCAGUCGAAAGAGUCCUCGUAGUCUGGAGAAGAGUUGUUUGAAACGUCUUGUGUCACAUUCGAACGCGGUGCUUUGAUGUUCGAUUCCUGCACCGUUCGGAGCGUCUUUAACAGCUGGGGAAAGAUCCACCCUUUCGCUUGGCGGGUUGGCUCGUUGAAGGCUGAACUGGCUUUUGUAUGCUUUCAGUAGGCGUCUUUUUGGUCACGCGACACCGUUUUUAAAACCCUGUCUCUUUUUGUAUGGAUGGUAACGUUUUUGUCUUAUCAUCGGUUCAUGGCUUUGUUGCUUUUUCUUGAUUCUCUGGGUGUGUGGUUGUAUCCCGACUGGAUUGUCUUGCGCACUUGGUAGUGUGUAUAAUUAUAUCUUGCCCUUGGUGAAUCUGCUAAAUACGUUUGCGCUGAAUACGUUUUUAUUGUUGAACACAGUCUGCGUCACUGCCUUCGUCAUCCACGAUGGCGGAGCAUCUGGCUCGUAUCAUAGGGACGGAGGAGGAUAGAGUGAACUGUCCUUUUUAUUGGAAAAUUGGAGCCUGUCGUCAUGGAGAUCAGUGUUCUCGGUCGCACUAUAAACCGACAUCGUCGCCAACAAUCGUCCUCCGUCACAUGUACCCCAACCCUCCCGUAGCUGUGGCAAUUGCAGAAGGACAGAAUGUUUCGGAUGAACUACUUGACCAAGCAGCGGACCACUUCGAGGCAUUUUUUUCUGAAGUAUUCGAGGAGUUAGCGAAGUACGGUGAGGUGGAGGAUAUGGUGGUGUGCGACAAUAUAGGCGACCACAUCAUCGGAAACGUCUACGUAAAAUACACAGAUGAAGAAGCGGCAAACAAGGCACUGGCUGCCUUGCAAGGAAGAUUUUACUCAGGCAAGCAGAUUCACGCCGAGUUCACCCCUGUUACAGAUUUCCGGGAAGCACGGUGCCGGCAGUUCGUUGAUGGACAGUGUCGCAGAGGCGGAUAUUGUAAUUUUAUGCAUCUCAAGCAUGUUCCUCGCUCGCUGAAGAGGAAACUGUUUAAGAAGAUGUUCGACGAUCACCCAGAUUACGGAAGGCAGCGAUCUCCGGGGCGAAGGAGAUCCCGGUCGCGUCAGCGAUCCUCCUCUCCAAGAAGACCAACAAGGAGACGUUCCCCAAGCAUACAGCGGCCCGAACGUCGGACAAGCGAAGAGCGGAGAGCAAUGAUCGCGAAGUGGAAUGAGGAGCGCGAAGAAGCGAAUGGAUGACGUUAGCAUUGUCCCGAAGUUUCCUUUUGAGUAACUGCAUAUUUCUGCCUUGUGCUCUUUUCUGAAAAACACCUCCUUAGCCAGAAACAAUUCACUGAUCGAGGAUGUUGGGCCUUUCAGAGUCCAUUUGCCAAUCACCGGCUGUCCGAAACUUCAGAUAGCGGCGCGUUAUGUUACACGCAGCGCAGGCGCAGGGGUUGUUGACAUGUUCAGCCUAUUUCGAAGUCAGCACAUCGGGCUGAUUCAUUGAUGAUGCCCAUCUCACCCUCUUGGGCAGACGGAGGAGCUCUGAGUGCCACAAACUGCGAUGACACGCAGUCUAACAAAUGCCGCGGCGAUGUUAUAUGACUAAGGAAGCACUGACGUUUCAAUACGAUUCUCACGCGGGACGGUCAUGUCAGGGGUGGUUACCUUCCACUGCACUUGAAGCCCAAAGUUAAAGUAAUUACCUCAACCCUUACGCGAGAAAGUGUUGGCAAGGUGAAGUAGAAUUAGAGAUUAGCUUGCAGGCUCAGGGAGGGUAUUCAGAAGCACGUUUGUUCUCACAGAGUCCGGACAGUGAGUAGUACCAGUGUGCCGGCAGCUAGAAGGUAGAGCCGCCCUCUCUGAUCGUAGCAUUCAUCCUACCGCAACAAAAGGACAUCACAUUGCACGGCCUGCGCUCUAGUGUAGCUGUCGGUUGCCGCGAAGUCGAUCACCGCAGGUAGCUGGAGCUCAGUUUGCAUCCGUACGGAGUCGCAC